AUGGAAAAUCUUGCCGCUUACACUGUAAUUACCACCAGCUCAGAUGAAGUUAUUUCUGCUGUAAAUCAACAAAAACGAAAUAAUGACGAUAAUGAUGAUGUUUAUAAUAGUCGAGGAAUAUAUAAAAGGGUAAUGUUGUCUGUGGUUUUUAAGUUAAAAGAACAUGAAAAACCUCAUAUAUUUUUCUAUAUUCAGUUAAAGAAUAUUAUGCCCCUUGAUUUAUAUCCAACUGAUGAUGAAAAUGAUGGUGAUGAAAAUGAUGGUCAUGAAAUUGAUGAUGAAGAAGGGGAUGAACUUCCAGAACUAAAUGUGUUUACAGAUUUUACCACU